UCGUAUGUUAUGGAGUGAAGUAGCUCCCAUUCACCUCUGAGUAUGUUUUUGUUUCUAAACAAGAAGUCAUCAUGGGAAACCUUUUGUCCUUAUUUUGGGAGAGGGAUCCUCCCCCGCUACCUCUAAGUCAUUAUAACCCAGUUCAAGAUUACGAAUGCCAGAAGGAUGACUCUUGUGGGGCGGUAGGCAGCUUCCUGCUUUGGUACUUUGUUAUUUUAUUGCUCCUGGUGUUCCUCUCUCGGGCUUCUGUCUUGGGUUUGGGAGAGUCUGCUAUCAAAGUGUGGCCUCCUGAAGAGACAGCAGAAGCAGGGUCUCAGCCACACAGGAACUCAAUAUCUGAGGAUAAACAGGAUGAAGACCGUGGGACGAGUGCUCCAGUUACUAAAGACACUUCCUAUCAGCGGCACAGCAAAGGUGGCUGCUGGGACUCUACACAAAUGACGAAGAAAUCAAAGCAGAAUCAACUUUUCGCCAUCACUGACUCAGAAGUAGCUUUGGUCAACGCUUAUCUUGAACAAAGACGAGUCAGGCGCAAGGUGAACCCAGUUCAACCAGACAGUGAAACCACUGAGUGUGACAGUGAAGAAUCUAACUCGGGAGCCUCUUCGUGGAAGGAGACUGAAAGCGAGCACCAACCCUCACUAGACAGCGUUCAAAGGAGAAAAGUCGCUGAGAGGCACCAGAAUCUGGGAAGUCAGCAAAUCCGAGAAAGCCCCUGCCCCCACUGCAAAGCCAUGAGAACCAAUGAAUGGUUAAUACGUCAUUUCCUACAACGAGCUUCAGAAAUGGUUCCCCCAAAGGAGGAUACGCAAGAGGAAGUUUCCAUGAGAUCAACACGAAGUUCAACACGAAGAGAUCAACAGGAAGUUCAGUAAAAUUUGAAUUUUGUCAAGCUUUUACCUUAUUUGAAGCCAAAUGGAAGAGAUGAAUAAAAUAUGAAAAAAAUCACCAGAGCCCUAGGUGAGGAGACUUUUACAAUAAAAUCUCUCUACCAGCAACAACAACAUACUUGGAACCCAAGAGGUAAAAUUUCAGACAAUUCUUUGUUCCAAAAGAGGCUAGUGAGUGUGUGCAUGGCACCUUGGGAGCACUGAAGCUCUGCAUCCAUUACGAUUUUUUUUUUAUUAUUCAAAAGAGCACAAGACAGCUACUCCAGGCCUUGAGUGCAUGUAUUUUGUUUAUGUCUAUAAUACAUGAGGAAGGUCUUUGAAAACA